CGGUGCAACAAUGAAGCCUGGCAAUAAUCGGUGCAUAGGAAGUGCACAUGGACUUCAGUGCUUCAUAGUAAUCGGCGGCAUUUGUUGGGAUUUACAUUUACGUAUUUAGCCUGAAAAAUGGCGGCCAAUAUCAAUGGUGUGUUUAGUGAAAGUUUGCAAAAUGCAAUAUUACAAAGUAAAGUGCUUAUCGUGGGCGCUGGUGGAAUCGGAUGCGAAAUACUAAAAAAUCUUGUUAUGACAGGAUUUAACGACAUUGAAAUUAUCGAUUUAGACACAAUUGAUGUUAGUAAUUUAAAUAGGCAGUUCUUAUUUCAAAAAAAGCAUGUAGGAAAAUCAAAAGCAUAUGUUGCAAAGGAGACUGCACAAACAUUUAAUCCUGAUGCCAAAAUAGUACAUUAUCAUGACAGUAUUACAUCUCCCGAUUACGGUAUAUCAUUUUUUAAAACAUUUAAGUUGGUUAUGAAUGCACUUGAUAAUCGAGCAGCCAGAAACCAUGUGAAUAGAAUGUGUUUAGCAGCAGAUGUACCUUUAAUAGAAUCUGGCACUGCUGGUUACGAAGGGCAAGUAGAACUUAUAAAAAAAGGACUUAGUCAAUGUUAUGAAUGUACACCAAAAGCUGCACAAAAAACUUAUCCUGGCUGUACAAUCCGUAAUACUCCCAGUGAGCCUAUUCAUUGUAUAGUUUGGGCUAAGCACUUAUUCAAUCAAUUAUUUGGCGAAGAAGAUCCCGAUCAAGAUGUUUCUCCAGACACUGCUGACCCAGAAGCAGCGGACUCAGCAGGCGAAGGUGCUUUAAAUUCAGAGUCAAAUGAAAAGGGAAAUGUCGAUAGAGUAUCAACAAGAGCUUGGGCACAGUCUAGUAAUUAUGAUCCAGAAAAGUUAUUCACAAAAUUAUUUCAUGACGAUAUAAAAUAUUUACUUAGUAUGGAUAAUCUGUGGAAGAAAAGAAGACCACCUACUCCUUUGAAUUGGAAAGAACUACCAGAUGGAGUACCAGGAUGUAGCAAAGAAAUAAAUGAACCUGGAUUAAAAGAUCAACAACGUUGGAGUAUAUCUAAAUGUGGAGUCAUAUUUGCUGAAGCAAUUAAAAACUUGAGCAAAACCUUAGCAGUUUCUCAAGAAAAAUCACCUAAUAAUCAUCUUGUUUGGGACAAAGAUGAUCAAAGUUCAAUGAACUUUGUUGCAGCUUGUGCCAAUAUAAGAGCUUACAUUUUUGGUAUACCUCAAAAGACAAGAUUUGAUAUAAAAUCAAUGGCAGGGAAUAUAAUUCCAGCAAUUGCAACUACAAACGCAAUUGUAGGUGGCUUAGUUGUUCUUCAUGCAUUUCGUAUAUUGGAGGAUAAAUUAAAAGCAUGCAGAUCUGUAUAUUUGCGAUCUAAAAUGAACCAUCGCAAUCAAUUGCUGGUGCCAGAAAAAAAUGUUAAUCCACCAAAUCCCAAAUGUUAUGUGUGUGCACCAACACCACAAGCUGUGUUGGCAGUUGACACAUCUAAAAUGACGAUUAAAGAGUUAGAUGAAGUAGUAUUAAAGAAUAGAUUGAAUAUGAUUGCACCAGAUGUUGUGAUAGAUGGUACUGGUUCUGUUGUGAUUAGCAGUGAAGAAGGAGAAACUGAAGGAAAUAAUAAUAAGGUUUUAGAAGAGCUAGGAAUUAAAGAUGGAACUAUUCUUAAGGUUGAUGAUUUCCAGCAGAAUUAUUUACUAACUGUAACUGUGGUCUAUAGAGAACGACCGAGUGCAAAAAGUGAUAAUCCCGAUUUCCUAAUCUUAGCUGAUGAAAAAGACCUUAAGCCUAAAGAAGAAAAUGAUUUGACAAAACCAUCUACUUCGAAUGGUCAGGUGGACCAUCAAUCCGAUGAUAACGUAAUGAUUGUUGAAGCUAAUGAUGUUUCACCGGAUGUAACAAAGAAACGUAAAAUUAUAUUGCCUGACGUGGCUGCAUCUUCAAAGAAACGGAAAGUAGAAGUUCAUGAUGUAGAUGAUGAUAUAUGUAUAAUUGAAAAUGAUAUGAAUAGCGAUGCCAGCGGUGACGCUUCAAAAUCAAAGUCUAAACGCAAAGUAUCGGAAGAUGAUGACUGUUUAAUUAUGCAUGACGAUAACGUACAAUCUGUUAUGUAAUGAAUGAAUUAAAACAAAACUGAACCAUCGUAUUUUAAAUGCUAGAUUUAAAAUCUGCAAAAAUGAGAAUUAGUAUAUGAAUUUUGUCUAAAACUAAAUGUCUAUUUGUACAAAAUACGAAUACGUGUAUGAAUUCCAGUAACGUUGAGUUGUGAGUUUCUUUGAACUAUUCAGUUUCCGUAAAAUUUUAUAAAUACGAUCCCUUAAUAGGAGAAGCAUAAUUAUUAAUGAAUCAGAAGGUACGUAUGAUGACAUGCUAUGAGAGUGAAUGUGUAUGUAUGAUAACGAUUUAAACUCAUUAAUAAUUUUCAAUGUAUUCUGAUUUCUAUGAGUAUUUAUGGAAGUACGUAAUCUUAUGUCAGUAGUAUGUCAUUUCAUAAGUGUACCUAUACCUUUUUAUAAGAAAGAAAUAAAUACUUUUUUGGUACUAUAAACUAAUCAUAACAUAUCAUUACUCAUAUAUAUAUAGCUAUACCAAUAUUUAAUAUUUAAUUCGUUUUAUUUGUACAAAAUAUAUACCGAUUCAAAUUAUAAUUGUACAUUUCAAAGUCAAUCUUAUAUCUUUCGUACAAUUUAAAAAUUAUACCUUGCGUCAAAUUUGCGAAAUAUUUACAUGUAGUAUCAAAAUUAGUAUAUCCUCCACGCGUUCCUUCCAGUUUUGGUAAAUAUACCUUAUUCGUAUCCAGUCCUAGUUUUGAAAAAAUAUAAUUAAUUUGUCCGGACGUAUAAUCGUCUAACUUUAAAACAUAAUUAUAUCGUAUGUUGCACACGCCACAGUGUGUAUAAUAACGAUUCCAAUGAACAUCGUCUUGCUCCGAACUUUGAAGUAGCCACAACAAAAAUUCUUUAAAAGUUGGUAUCAGCUUUAAUCUAUAGGAAAAAAUGAAUAUAUUAAAAAUUCCAUCAGUCUGAUUAUAAUAAACUUUUAUCAUACAACACUGUACCUUUUAUCACGCGUAAAUACUUUUUCUUGAAAAUUACCAGUAGUUUUAUUGGAACGGAAAAGCGUGGGCCUUGUAAGAUGAAAAAUUUGUUUAGCAUAUAUCCAAGCUUGUGCUGUAUGCUUUGAAUUAUCUUCUAUGCGAUCUCUAAACGGUGCAGAUAUUUUUUAAUACAAUGAAGACAGAUUAAACAGAAAUAAACAUACCUAUACGACGACACAAGCCUUUCAAAGGGAUGCCGCACAAUUAGAAAUUUAAAUAUUUUCGGGUCUUUCGCGAUAUGGUGUAGUUCCUUCAAAGAUUUUGGCGCUAGAAUAUCAACUUCCCUAUGGGAAAUAUGCGAAAUAAAAUAUCAAUUAUACAGAAACAAGAAAUUACAAUUACCUGUAGUAAUUGUGUAUAAUUCGACGAUGUUUCAUAUCAGAAAACAAUUUUGUGAAACUCGUCGAACCAACUUUACGUAUCCAACAAUAUAUGGAUUUUCUCUCAGAGUUGUACAGAAAAUGUCUUCUUAUUAAUGGAGUUUUUAAAUUAUAUUUCUCGCAUGUACUUGAAAUUUGUUUCAGUAUCGAUAUACUUUCCUAGUAAAAAAAUUAUUAUUGUCACUAUGUACUGUACACUGCAUUUAAAUUAUUUUAAUUCGUUUACCUGUAAAUUAAUUGAUUGGCCAUUCAUUUUAUCAUAUUUUGAAGAUUCUAUCUCAAAGUUAGUCGGUUUUGUAAUUGUUUGUUGCGCAGCUAAGUACUUUUUAUCUGACUGAUUAAUAAAAGAGACUGAAUUUGAAAAUACCAUACAAUAAAAACUGUGCUUAGUCUUCAACAAAAGAAAACAUAUAGCAAUGUAUAAAAUCACACACAAUGUGCACUUCAUAAAUUGCAUUCUGAACGACAUAAUUAAAACUGAAUCGAGUACUCUGACAGUCAGACACUUAGAUUAAAACUUCCGUCCGUGAAUUGUCUGUGGGGGUGGAAUGAAAGAUAAGAUUUAUCUUUAACUUCCAUUAUUUUCCAAUUUCUCUUCUUUUUUUAUUAUUAUUAAGGAGGAAAAAUUUAUUGUAAUAUAAUUACGCUAAUUAGGGAGGAUAUGAAAAAAGAAAACGAAAUAAAUGUAUACACCUUAUACUUUACUGCGAAAUAGCGUCAAAACAUGUAAAUCAAUGAUUUUAGUACAUAAUCACGGUGUUAGGCUGCUUCUGUAAAUAAGUAAUAAUAAUGAUUGAAUAAUUACAUACAAAUUGUAAAUUGUCUGUAUUAUUGAUCAUGACAAAAAUACUCUCUUUUGAAGUAGACACUUCUUACAAAACGUUCAUUACAAAAUUUUACGCGUAAUAACCAAAAGAAUGAUUCAGAAUCAUCUUUAUGUCACACUGAUUGUUGCAAAAGUAAAUCCUUCUACUUACGGCAGUGAUCUAUAUUGAAAUGGUACAAUAUUUUAUCAAAUUUGAUUAUGGAAAAUUUAAGUGUCAAUACAAAAACCAGUAUUAUCAAUACCCACAUUGAUUCACAAUUGAAUAUUUUUUUUCUUUUUAAUAUAAAAAUGGAUGUAUCAGAUAUGAAUAUAAGGAUUACAAAAAUAUAUAAAUAAUACUUAAGUUGUGUAAGAAACUUAAUGGUAAACUACACUGAUUCAAACAAUUGAUCAAAUAUAUAAUUGGUUAAUUUCGUUUAAUUUUGUUUAGAAAGUGUAAAGUAUUUAAGUUAAUUCUGUAUUAUAUGAAUUACUAAAACUACAUCUGUAUUAUAAUAAGAUAUUUUGUGAAUACCUUAUUAACAUUUAUUUAAUUAAAUAAAAAUUCAAAUACUGUCGGAACAUUUGAUCGCUUGUUUGUGUCACUGUAUAUUGAAUUGAUAUAACAUAUAAUUGAUUCUUUAUUGCUAAAUGCAAAUAACAUAAGAACCGAUCAAUUGUGAAUCAUUGUUCAAUUCUAUAGAUAAUCUUUUAUUUUUCUCUUAUUAAUUACGUAUUUUCUUGUACUACUCCAUAAUGUUACGUAAAAGAGAAACUAACUAUACCAUUUUUUUAUUUAUUAUUACACAAAUUGAAGCAUUUA